ACUCCACAUACGCCCGCUGCUACCUCUCUCUCCCAUUUCCUUGUAUUACUUCUCUUUCCCCUCUUCACUUUAGACAAUGCCUUUCGCUGCUGGUGACUCUGCCAAAGGUGCUUCCCUCUUCAAGACCCGCUGCGCGCAAUGCCACACCGUCGGCGCUGGUGAGCCUAACAAGGUUGGCCCUAAUCUUCAUGGACUCUUUGGCCGCAAGUCUGGCCAGGUUGAGGGAUUCUCAUACACCGCUGCCAACGUCAACAAGGGAGUUACAUGGGAAGAGGAGACUCUCUUUGAGUACCUAGAGAACCCUAAAAAGUACAUCCCCGGAACCAAGAUGGCGUUUGCUGGAUUGAAGAAGGAGAAGGACAGGAGUGACCUCAUCACCUACCUCAAAGAAUCGACUGCCUAAGUUGUAUCUUUUGUCGGUACUACCUACACCUUGGAUAGCCAACCGGGACCCACUACAAAACAUACCUAAUAUUAUCUAUGACUCGUUGGAGGCCCUUAAGCCCUUAGAUUGCUCGACUGCUAGAGCACUGGUCUUAAUGGCCGAUUUAGAUGACGGCUCUGCAUUCACACACGCACACCAUCCCCACUCUGCAAUAUAUUUAUUAUUAUUAGAUCGAACGCCGAGUAAAAUAUCCAUUUCUCUUCUUCUCGCCC